AUGGUUGAUAUUAAUUCCUUGGUACCUUAUACCAAGAAGCUACUUGCGCAACCUCCUACUUUGUCUCCAAGUGAUCUACAUGCAGCUAUAUCUAUCAUACUAAAAUUGCUCGAAGAAUUGGAGUCAGAGAGUAAGGAUCAAGGGCAAGAGGUGAACAUCUACGUUGUCAUAGGUAGUUUUCUCACAGCGUUGAGAACUACUGGUUUGGAUCAUAAGGCAGAAUACAUUGCGGAGGCGGCUCGAGCGGUAUUAGUGUAUUCCGAUAAAGUAAAGUUAGAGAGUGGUAAGGAAGAUGGUUUAGUUCUUGAUAUUGUAGGCACUGGAGGUGAUGGUCAAAACACGUUCAACGUUUCUACAUCUGCUGCUAUUGUGGCUUCUGGUAUACCUGGUUUUAAAGUCUGUAAACAUGGUGGUAAAGCAUCGACUUCUAAUAGUGGUGCUGGAGAUAUGAUUGCACAAUUAGGAUGUGAUGUUUCUAAAGUCAAUAGUAGAACAGUGCCUCACUUGUGGGACGCUAACGAUUUUCUUUUCCUGCUGGCACCCUAUUUCCAUAACGGUAUGAGGCUGGUAUCUAAAAUUCGUAAGUUGCUAGGCAUACCAACUGUUUUCAAUGUCCUGGGGCCUUUAAUUCAUCCUGUACCUCAUGUUAACAGAAGAGUUCUGGGAGUUUAUUCAAAAGAAUUGGCUCCUGAAUAUGCUAAGGCGGCUGCUUUAGUGUACCCUAAUAGCGAAACCUUUGUUGUCUGGGGACAUGUAGGACUGGACGAAGUGUCCCCCAUCGGUAAAACAACCAUCUGGCAUGUAAACGGUAGUGGUAAACUAGAUGUAUUCGAAAUAGAACCAUCUAUGUUUGGUCUUCCUGAACAUGAACUUUCGCAAUGUCAAUCCCUGGGACCUGAGGCUAACGCUAAACUGUUAAAGGAGGAAGUGUUAAACGGUAAGCUGCAUUGCAAGGAGGGGCAUCCUGUAUAUGACUAUAUUUUGCUCAAUACAGCUGUACUCUAUUGUUUAAGUAAAGGUAACAAGGACUGGCGAGAAGGUAUUGCUCAAGCAGAACAAAGUAUCCAUUCGGGCAAGGCUCUACAAUCGCUGCAGCAUUUCAUCAAUGAAUUAGACGAGUUUUAG